ACGAUGUGAAUGACGAUGCACGUAUUUGAAAAACGUAAACCAAUAAUAUAUUAGAAGAGAAUGAGAUACUUCUCGGGCUUUUUUCCUGAGUAAACGACGUCGUUGUAUUUUUCGAAAAAAACACAUUUCUAUCAAGGAUUUUAACCAUACAACACAGCAUCGUAAACAAUCAGUACAUCAAAUAUUCUAUUUUCAAAGGUUUCUGCUGUAUAAAAACUUUCUGCUAGAAGAAUAGAAAGAUGGUAACUAUGCGCCUUUUUAGCACGUGAAGAACUGCAUCGAACCGUGUAGGUCAAAUUCCGUUGUAAAGAAUUUUUUGUUCGCUUUUGGAGUGUUAAUAUCCCUAUUGGAGAACGAAAUACCAGUGGCAGUGUCGUUUUGCUUCAGAGAUUUGAGUUUUACUUCUCUCUCUCUCAAAUGAUAUUAUUUGCAACCUUAUAAACCUAUUUUUUCAUGACAUUCUGGUCAAAAUUUGGCGUAGUUCUGCUAUAGAAAUGAAGUAAAACUACAGUACGAAAUUAUCCAAUGGAGACUACUGAUUGAUCUUUCAAAUACAUUGAAAAUGUAACCGUUUCAUACAUAUGUUUGUUUAAUUGGAGAACGAGCCGAUUUGCGUUCUUAUAGGUACCCCGCCCUUUUCGCUCAAUAUAUUAGUUUACAGCAAAUGCAAGAAAUAUUUGUCGAAUCUCUUUCUAUCGUAUCUGACGCUGGAAGAAAAUGUUUGCGUCCCUAUGGCGUGCGAAGCGCCUAUUUUUUUUCUUCAUAUAAAGAGAAUAUUCAAAAUAUAAACUGCUUUUGAUGUUACUCUUCGUAAAGUGAAAAGAAAACAGAAUGACGGGAUUCUUACAUUCUUCAGAAUAUACGGAAACAAUCUCUCGAUGUCAAAUUAUAUUGCGUCGAAAAUGAAAAGUACUACUGGGAUUUUUCCAGUCGAUUCAAUAAAUUGAAACGUUUGAGGGUGAGCUAAAUAUUCUAUAAAAAUCAUUUUUAUGCUUGUUAUUUUGCAGGGAAUGAACAAACCUAUAAUUUCGAUGGAGUCGAAGUUGGUAAUCUCUAUUUGGAGAUGAAUGAAAUUAUUCAAUCAGUUUCCCGAUGUAUUGAUGAAAUAUUUUCAAUUAUUCGUCCACGUAAAUUAAUCUACAUGGCUAUUGAUGGAGUUGCACCUAGAGCGAAAAUGCAUCAGGAAUGCGUAAGUCUUUUUAAUUAUCCAAAGGAGCAUGCUUCUGUCGAUGAACAAUUUACUAAAUGUUAUAUAAAAUUUCAUACAAUGCUCAUGUCAAAAUUAUCUGAUAAACUUUAA